AUGAUUCUCUUGAUAGACUCUUAUGAUUCCUUCAGCAACAACCUACGAAGGCUUAUUGAAAGGGAAACUAAAGAUCAAGUUAUUGUCGUACAGAAUGACUUUAUUGGCCCACAGGAAUACGAGACAUGCUUCAAGGAUUGGAUAUCAAAAUUUGAUUAUAUAGUCAUUGGACCAGGACCGGGAAAUCCAGCGAACAAUCUAGAUGUGGGUGUAAUUAGCUGGUUAUUUAAUUAUUUUAAAAGUCAUCCCGAUGAAUGUAUUCCUGUUCUUGGUGUCUGCUUGGGGUUCCAAAGUCUUUGCUACGCCUUUGGGAACGAUAUCAAAGAAUUGGAUCAGGUUCGCCAUGGGCAAAUGUUUACAAUCGUGCCUAAAGCCUGCAACAUUUUUGGUGAUAACCCUGUUCCAUUUGAGAGCGUGAGAUAUCAUUCUUUAGGGAUAUCUGUUGAUGAUUUGAAUGGAGAGAUUAUCCCACUUGCCACUUGCCAAGACCCACCCAUGCAGAUCGUGAUGGCAGGCUGCCAUAGAAAUUUGCCUUUGUAUGGUGUCCAGUACCAUCCUGAGUCUAUCUGCUCUGAAAAAGGUGACGAAUUAGUCCGUCAAUUUCAUCAAGCCGCGCAUACUUUCAAUCGUAGCCACAACAGGCCUUUAUGUCAAAAGUCAGCUGGCUUCUCACUGGAUAUUCCUCAUAUAUCGAAGGUGUGUGAGGAUUUACAAGAAGAGGAUAAGGUUAGCUUACUGGUUUAUGGGCUGCAGAUAGAAUUAGGCGAUCGUGCUGUGUCGCCAGUGGAUUUGAGUGAUUCUUUGAGGAAAGUAGGCCAAGAUAUCUUUCUCUUGAAUUCAGCUUCGGACCCAGGAGAUUGGUCAAUAAUAGGCCUUCCCAUUGCCGGACACAGUGAGGUUAUAACUCAUUCUUUAGAUUGUCCAAAUAUAGUGAGGAUCAAUAAGCAUAGUGAACUGGCUUCUAGUGAGAUAGCGGUUUCGUCUGUAUGGGACUACUUAAAGCAAAGAAUGCAACGCCAUAUCAUUUCGAGAGUGGAUGCAGAAAGGAAGUUUUCUCAUUUGACGAAACGUCCCAGCCCAUUUUACGGUGGAUUUAUUGGGCUCAUUUCAUAUGAGGAGGGCCAGUAUGUUAAGCAUGCCGACUACGAUUCUCUUUGUGAAGGUCCCACACCAGACGUUAAACUUAUUUUUAUUGAGAGGUUUUUGCUUUAUGACCAUGCUACACUGGAAUGGGCAUUACUUUCUAUAAAACCAAAUGACGAAUCAUGGGUGUGCUCCUUUGAAGCACUUAUUCAGGGGCUUGAUAUUCUCAAAUUGAGCGAGAGCAAUGUUCCAGCGUCCGUCAAAGAUUUCUGUGGUGACCAUGAUGCAGCAAAGCUCGAUUUCGAUUUUCCAGAUAGGAAUAUUUAUGGAAAGCAAUUCAAAGCUUGCCAGGAUUAUCUCCAUUCGGGGGAUUCUUACGAGCUUUGUCUCACAACACAACUGAAAGUCAGGGUACCCUCUCAUAUUGACCCAUGGGAUAUGUACAAAAUUUUGACUUUGCACAAGAAUCCAUCGCCAUACUCCUCUUUCAUGUGUUUCGACGACUGCGUGCUUUUGUCUUCUUCUCCAGAAAGGUUCUUGAGUUGGAAGAAUGAGACCGCGGAAUCAGACUCGAAGUAUGUCGAAUUACGACCAAUUAAGGGAACUGUUAGAAAUGAUGGUGUCGUGACUAUGACUGAGGCAGAAGCAUUACUUAAGACACCGAAGGAGAUGGGAGAGAAUCUUAUGAUUGUGGAUCUUAUCAGACAUGACUUGGAUCCUUUUGUGUCAGAUGUAAAUGUUACUUCUUUAAUGUCAGUUGAGCGUUAUAAGACAGUAUACCAACUAGUAAGUGUCAUCGGUGGUUCUAUUCGGAAAAGUAGUGGUCUAGAUGUUUUAUCUCAAUCACUUCCUCCUGGUUCAAUGACUGGUGCACCAAAAAAACGCUCUAUUCAAUUACUUGAAGAAAUCGAGAGUUUGCAAAUCUCCUCAAAUAAUGGAAGAAGAGGAAUUUAUAGCGGAGUUGCUGGCUACUGGUCCAUUACAGACGAAGCAGAUUGGUCAGUAACCAUCCGCUCAAUGUAUCAUUACAAGAACGACAGGGACAAUUCAACAACACAUAACAUUUGGCGCAUCGGAGCAGGAGGAGCAAUUACCGUUCUCAGUGAAGAAGAGGCCGAGUGGGACGAAAUGAAGUUGAAAUUAUUAAGCACUCUUCAAAUCUUUAGGUGA